AUGAACGAAGUUCUGUCCUUCAAAGCUCAGCAAUGCGAAAUUGUAUAUUUGUCUGGUGAUGGUUGUUCAGAGAUGUUUAUGAAAAAUAGUUUCUUGAUACACUUGGAAUCUUUCUCAUAUGGUGUAAUUAUAUCGGGCCAUUCAAAAACAAGAAAGUCGUGAAGGAGAAAACUAACAGAGUGGUAAUUCCAUUACCAAGUUUGUAGAAAGAAGAGUUUGUUCAUUUCUGCUUCGAAGCUUCCAUAGAGUUCAUAGGCCUGAAGAAUUUGUUCAUUUGACAAUGGCUUCUCCAUCAUGAAAUAAGGACAAGUAUCUGAACGGGAGAAUGCAGCGCCCUACUUCCUUCAGGUUUAUGGUGCGAAAUACUCAUUAAGUUUACUUUUAGGCAGAAAUAUGUAUCAAAUGCAGGAGAAUCAGUCAUUGAUUAGCAUCAUAGUUUGUCAUGCAGAUAGAUGAGCUCACAAACUAGCUGUCAACAGUAUACCCCACUCCAUGCAGUGAAAUAGAACACUAGAUUCGUUGGGAAUCAUGGUAAUAAUUGGCAAGGCCUGGAUAUGUUCUUUUCCACAACAGAAAUUAAUAAAAAUUAUCUCUAGUUCGAAGAUGCUGAGGAAAAGUUAAGAAGUGGGCGAGGAAAUCCUGCUACUGAUGAUGCUCUAGCCCACAUUUAGAGCAUGGCAGUUUUCCUGCUUAGUUUAUGGGUGUGUAUCUAGGGACUGAAAGAUAUAUAAUGUACGUGCAAACUGUUAGCUCUUCAUUUGGUAAUAUUAAUAUUCCCUGCAAUCUGUUGGAGGAAGUAGAGGGAUUGAAUCAUCUAUUCUUAGGGCUCUCUUUUUUAUGGAAGAUCUGAUAGAGGCUUUUCGAUAAACUAUACUUCAGUUGGGCAGCUUCUAGCUGGUUUGUAAUUAUUAUGAAUAGAUCAGGAGCAGCAUUAGUCUAGAAUGAGCAGAACAACUGCCUAUACGACCAUAAAGGAUGUAAAGUAGAUAUUAGUUUUCUUUGUGCUUCAUUAAGGCUAAACGAAUGGAGUAUUCUAUGUAAUGGGGAAGGAACGGCUUCUUGUUUAGUUCACAUACUAUAGUGUAGACUAUCGCUCUAGUGCAUUGAGGACAUUUGUUAGCAGAAAAAAAUAGAAAUUAGACUCUAAAAAAAAGUCGAUGAACCUUUCGUGUUUUAUUUUUCCAAUCCAGAAUCUCUCUAAGGACAUCACACAUAUUUUGAUAAUUAAAAAUAUGUAUUUGGUUUCUUGUUUAAGUUUUAUCCAACCCUUCAGUUCAUGUUUGUAAGUGAAGAUUACUUUUUUUUUAUAGGUUAGUUUACUCAUUCAUUGGCUAUAUGAGAGGAACCAUAUGUCAUUUUUUCUACUGCAGGUAUUUCUGCCAAUGGAUACCACUUCAGAGAGGUUUUAAGGUCACCUAUUUGACGAUUAGCAAGUGCCUUCCUGGAUCUCGAAUAAUGUCCAUUAAGAAAGGUAUGCAGCUUUUCUUGAUUCAGUAUAUCAGGCGUACUGUUGAGGCCUAUCUGAAAGUUUUUUUUGAUUAUGAGCCCUUUGAAUUUUUCCUUAAAUAAUUGUGAUAAGUCAAAGAACCAUCUACUAUUUGAAUAUUUCAGAAACUUGAAUGAAAAUUAGUAAAACACGUAAUUUUGUAAUUAAUGGAAGUGAAAAACAUAAAUUUAAUUAAUAUAUUUAUAAAUUAUAAGUAAUGAAAGAUAGACGUCACAUAUAUUAUAUAAAAAAAAUUUACAUCUUCUUCUAAGUUGGGAAACUUAUCCCUUUGUACCUUUUUUUUGUGGAGCUCUGCUUAUAUGUUCAAAUUGUAUUGUGCUUUAGCUGCUAGUAACCCAGCUCACGAUCUCUUUGUAUAUGACUGCUUUAUUCAACAGACGAAUCAAUGAGAGCAGCAUGCAGUGACUUUCGCAAGGUGCUAUGGUAUAUAGAAGCUGAUAUUUCUGAGGGGGAGAUCCUGUACGUUACUGGUGAUCCCGCCACAUUAGGUUGCUGGGAACCAGAGAAGGCCAUUCCCCUGUCUCCUUGCAAAGAACGUGCUAAUUUGUGGAUGGCUGAAAUAGAGGUAUGCUAAUUAAUUUUUUUUUUGAAAAUAUUUCUUUCUAUGUUGAUAUAUGCUAUAAUCUUAGUUACGCGCCCUUCAAUCCAUUGCAGCAAAUAGAUCUGUUUUCUAGAGUACCGUGUUGCAGGGCAGUGAUACUAUAUUAAAAUCCACAUCAUAUAUGCAUAUGCUUACAGAAAUAAAUGAGAGGGCCUUUUAUGUCUCCUCGUUUGACAGCUAGUAUCAAACCUUUUGGUCAGUAUUAUUUUCACCUUUGUAAACAAUUUCAUAUCUCAAUACAUGUUUUACUACCUUUCUAUGGUCUUUUAACUACUAUUCUUAUUCAUUAUCAACAAAGGGAGCGCAUUUGUAUUCUUGAUGAGUGAAUAGUUACAGCCAUUUUGAUCCUGGCUGUAAUGUCCCAGCAAGUCAUCUUAUUUAAUUCUUUCCAUUUUUCUAUUUAAGGCAUCAUUCGCUAAGAAAUGCAGUUUCCUGAGGUAAUGCUGCAUGGGCUUAUGAAUGUGAUUCGUAAUUAUAAAAGGUUGUCUAUAUCAUAAAAUAUAAGAUUAUUUGCAUUUUAAACUAGUGGAUUCUAAAUUAAUGUUUAAGUCGGGUUGACCUCUGCUAAACCCUUUAUAAAUUGGGCUUUUCUAAUUUAGCCCAAUUCAACCCAGUUCACUGCACACAGGCCUAUGCAUAAGAUAUCAAAAUUCAGAAUAUGAUACGCUUUGUGGACAGUCUAAACAAAGAAUGAUUAAUCUUGUUUGAGAAAACAGCAAAUAGGCGUCUGGUAGAAAAAAAUAAAUUCCGUCUUUAUUUAUAGACGACCAUUUAGCUUUGAGGAUUCCAUUUGUAAUUAAUAAAUUAUGUGUUAGUCUCAAUACCCGGCCCAGUUUAUUGGUGCAUUAGGCCUAAAAUUAUGUUUCAGAGUAUUUCAUGAAAACUGAAAUAGGAUGAUAUUGGUUCACAUCAUUAACCAUGACUGGAGUUUUUUCUUCAAAAAUUCUCUUAGUCCUUUGGUACUAAUUUUUUAACUUCAUACAUUUCAGGUGCCUGAUGGAGUUCAUUUCAAAUAUAACUAUUUCAUAAAACAAGACACAGGAGCUUAUUGUGAUAUCAUUUGGAGACUAGGGCCUGAAUUUUCACUUUCAGUACCCUUGUCAAAACAACCUAAUAAAAAAAUUAUGGUAAAAGAUUUGUGGAUGAGUAGCAAAAUAGAAAUACCUCCAGUUUUUUCCUGGGGUACGUGGUUAGAGGUCAUAGACUGUCCUGAACCCAUCGAGCAUGGACAGCAACAGUCACUAUCUCCAGGUAACAUACGACAUGUUUCUUUUAUAUUGCAACUUCUCACUGUCCCCCCUUUGAUUGCUUAAGCUUAGACAAUGUUGAUGAUCAACAGUUGAACUUGAGACCUCAAGGAGGACUGACAAUUCUCAAGUGGCAUCACAGCUCAAUACCAUUAAAGAUUUGAAGAAGUUUCCUGAGAGAGACCAACCUCUUGAGGAACCUUGGCUGCCCGAAGCAGCAGUUGCAUCUGGAAUGGAUUCUUGUGUUCCAAGUCUUUUAUCUGAUAAAACAGUAGCUUCAGAACUCGACUCCCCCAAAACGUUGUCUGAAGCUACGGAAAAGGAGGGAGCUGAGCACGGUUACAAGUUAGGACACGUUGGUAAACCUGUUUCAACUGUCAUCCUCAUCAACUCAUCCGUAUGUACUAUGCAAAGGAUUGCCAUCCUAGAAGAUGAGAAGCUUGUGGAGUUGUUACUGGAACCGGUAAAGCAUAAUGUGCAAUGUGAUAGUGUAUAUCUUGGUGUAGUCACUAAGCUUGUUCCACACAUGGGUGGUGCUUUUGUAGAUAUUGGGAUUUCUCGACCAUCACUUAUGGAAAUAAAGCAAAACAGGGAACCAUUUGCAUAUCCUCCUUUCCAUGAAAAGGUCAAUGGACAGGAAAUCAAUGGCUAUGUGAGUAAUGAAGUAAGUGAGACCCUGGAUGUCCAGGAACAUUAUCCUACUUACAGUGGGGACACCAUAAAUGAUGAGUUUGUGGAUGUUGAUGAACAGAAUGAUUCAAUAGAAUUCAUAAAUGAGGUUCUUGAGGACGAUGAGCAUAUAGAUAACAUCAAUGCCUCCAGUGGUCGUAAGACACCUGUGACUAAUGGUGCAGUGAACUAUGCUGACGGGGAAAUUGACUUUGAAGAUUAUUAUGAAGAAAAGGAGCAUUCCAUGGAAUAUGGAUCUGUUGCGGACCUAUUUUCGUUAGAAACGGAAGGUGCAAAUGAUACAGAUUUAUCAGACCUUUUCCUGCAAAGCCUGAAAGAAAAUAGUGAUCCUUAUACUGUUGAGAAUAAGUGGGAUCAUGUUCGAAAAGGCACGAAAGUGAUUGUUCAAGUUGUUAAAGAGGGACUAGGGACAAAAGGUCCUGCUCUGACUGCAUAUCCAACUCUGAGAAGUAGAUUCUGGGUAAGCGAAUUAUUCUACUUUUUCUUGCCACCCUUUUUCUAAUCACGAAACGGAGUAUACAUUUUCUUUCUGAUCAUUCGUAUAUGUCAUAAUGUUCUUGCGCUUUAUAUAAAACAUAAACGUAGCCUUUCUGCGACAAUUUAUUUUUCAACAACUAAUCGUCUGCAUGCGCUUGGUUUUUAUGCACACUGUGUCGUGAUUGUUUUGGCUUAUGCGUCUCUGUAUACAACAAAGUCUUCACUCAGUACGGGAUUAUGUACUGUUACCGUUUGGCAUCUGGAGGGGCUGCUGCUUUUCUUAGUUUGUAUUUUUUCGUUGGUUAGGAUUCUCUCUGCUUACGUUGAAAACAUAUACGUAUAUGUUGUACAAAAAGGUUUAAGAUCCUACUCAUCUAUAAAUUGUUGGGUUUUCAUUUUGAAUUUGGAUUUCGCUUUUGCAUCAGACACAAAGAUAACCCCCCCCCCCCCCCCAAAAGUAGCAGGGAAUUUCAUCCCUUCAUCCCCUACCUAUGCAACCUAUAUCUGACAUGCUAAUAUUUGGUGAUCCCAGAAUGACAGAGAUGAAAUAUUAUAGUUGAAGUCACUAAGUAGAUUUAUCGUAAAACACCAUUUAUUUUUCAUGCUAGAUCCUUACUAUUGGAUAUCCAUUUUUCCCUGGGAUUGGUACCAUUGUAUUGAGUUUGAUGUGCUCCAGGGAGUAAAAUGUUAUUUUUCCCCUGUGCAAAGCAUGAGUCAUCUUCACUGUGCUCGCUUAACUGUAUCUUCCUCCUGAAAGUAUGCCCUGAAACUGGUCCUGAAUCGGAAGCUUAGCUCUUGGGCCGAAUCUCAUGUUAUAGCUUGAUUAUUUUGUUUCUUAAAAGAGGAGACACUGGAACUGUACACAAAGUGUGUGCAUAAACGGGAAAUACUGACAUCUGUGUUAGAGAUGCAUACAGGAAAAUGUAGAACAUUUUUUCUUAGAUAUGUUUUCUGGCUAAUCGUACAGUUUGAAAGAUCUAAUGACACACCUUUUUAAUCUUUUCAUGGUUAUCUAUUUUUCGUUUUUGUUUUGGAUAAUGAACUUUGUGCAAAAAACAUCGGAUAAAAGUAUUACGAGUGGCAUGCAGACAAAAUUCCGAAAUUUCAUCAGAUUGUAAUGGGACUAUAUUUGUCUUAUGAGAUCAGGUUUUUUCAUCACUGUAGAUUCUUUCUCAUGUCUAUAUGAUUAUAUUCUAAAAGUUUCCACGAAAGGUCAGUUAUCUGUGUAUAAAUAUUUCGGAUACACUGUACUUCUGUCAUGAGCAUUCCAAAUCCCAGAUCUAGGAAAACUAUGCCAUAUCUUAUAGUUUUCUUCAUUAUGCUCUUUGAUCUACUGUAUUAUAAUAAGUGACCUAAAAAAUGAAUCAUGAUUGCAUAUAGGAUAUUUAUUGUUUUUGGCUUGCAGAUAUUGAGUGCUCGUUGUAACAGAAUCGGUGUCUCAAAGAAGAUUACUGGAGUUGAACGUACACGUUUGAGAGUCAUUGCAAAAACGUUGCAACCACCUGGUUUUGGUUUGACUGUCAGAACUGUCGCUUCCAGUCAUUCUCUGGAGGAAUUGCAGAAGGAUCUGGAGGGGCUGUUGUCCACCUGGAGAGGAAUAGCUGAACAUGCAAAAUCUGCAGCUCUUGCUGCUGAUGAGGGUGUAGAGGGUGCUGUUCCAGUUUUAUUGCAUAGAGCAAUGGGCCAGACUCUCUCUGUAGUGCAAGAUUAUUUUAAUGAGAAGGUUUGAUUCAUAGCACCGUAACUCGACUGGAUUUAUUAUGUUUUCACCUGUUUUCUAAUAUCCUGGGCUCAAGAGUUGCAAAUACCUCAUUCAGGUCAAUAGCAUGGUAGUCGACUCUCCUCGGACUUACCAUGAGGUAUUAUUCGAAAUCAAUUGAGAUAUUUUUAUAUAUAAAGGAUGAUGGUGUAAGACUUUUGUCCUAGAAGGAGUUAUCCAUAUGUAUUAUUGUGUUGUGUAUUUCUCCCUUCAUCAGGACUUAUGUUGUAAGGAAUCCUCAUAUAUACCCUUGCAGAAUCCUCGAGAAUAAUGAACUUAUAUCAUUUUUAAUCUCUGUCCUGUGAUAAAAACACAAUCCUUGACGAUCGGAAGAGAAUAACUUUAUACUACAUUCUCAAAUUCAUAUAAGGCACAGGUGGCCCUAUGCUAUGGUACCUAAUGUCAUUAUUAUGUGUUGUUUCUUACACUAUUAGCGAAACUUCUAGAAUCUCUAUUAUUGUCUUACUAGUGGAUAGUUUGAGAUUUAAUUUAUUGACUUAGUUUCUACAUUGUUUUGAUUUUGCACAUAAUUGUUUGGAUCCUCCUUCCUCAGGUUACAAGCUAUCUUCAAGAAAUUGCUCCCAACCUGUCUGACAGGGUUGAGUUAUACAAUAAAAGAACUCCCAUUUUUGAUGAAUAUGGUGUUGAAGAAGAGAUCAAUAGCAUUCUUAGUAAAAAGUGAGGACUCUAUUACCCUACAAGAUAGCAUACUGUUCCCUUUUCUGGUUCCCAGGACAAGGGGGUCAUCUUGAUUUAUCAUCAAAUUUUAUUUUUCAUUUCUCUCUGGAACUUAAGUUACUAUUCAAAUUUAUAGUAUCUGAAUUUAUGGCACGAACUUCCAUAAUUGUUGCAUUAUUAAUCUUGCAUAUGUGCUUUUAUUUAUCUUUGAUCCAAGCUCACAAUUAUCACUUACUGAUGAUGUUUCAAAGAAGGAAAGAAUGUCAGCUGGAGGUUUCUACAGGAAGAGUUGCGACUCUGCACCAGGAUGGGUUGGGGUUGGUCAUCUCUAAUUAGGAAAAAAAAAAUAGUCUUGGUCACUUUUUAUAUUUUUCAUCAUGCAGAUGUAUACUUCCCAAAGUUUUCUUUCUUAGUUAUAACGCUGUUAGAAAUAGAGAAGCCACCCUAGGUCUACCUGCUGUUCUAAAAUGCGAAGUCUAUUAUCAUUCAUAGUGAGCAUAACCAGAAUGUUCAGAUAAAAUGUCAUUAUCACCCAGUGUUAUGUCAUCAAUCUAGUGCAAGGACCUGGCACUUUAAAUAAAAGAUCUCCCUAGGACUUGUUUUAGCCUAAAGUAUUUAUCAAAAAACCUAAAGGCUGUGACCUAACAUGUGGCAUAUUAUUGUCCUAUGUUAUGAUGUUGGUUUAAUUAAUAAAAGUAGUUCGGCAAUGUCAUUAUUUACUUGGUAAAAAUUAACUUCAUUUGUCUUUUAAAGAAUGAAAUGAGAGAAAAUAUAAUAUAUUUCUUCUCUUCUUGAAUCUUUCACAGAUUUGAUAUUCUCUAUUGUUGCUAGCUGUCAAUGUAUGACUUGAUUUGUGCAUUGAUUUUAAAUAUUAUCACCAUGUGAUACUGUGUGAUUUCUCUUUCAAGUCUCUUCUCAGUAUCUCCACUUGAUGCCGCAUUGGGCUUCCCCAACUUUUCUCCCCAUGCACUUUCGUGAUUGGUGUCUCAUCAGGAUCUGGCGCUACCUAUUCACUGUUUUUUUACUAAAUAUGUUUUGUUUUCAAUUCCACUCAUGCCUUUUUUUACCAAUUAUCAAUACUUCAUCACUCCCAUUUCAGAAAAAGUUCAUGGCUUGCAUAUGCAGACGCAAUUUAUUGGCAUUAGUCAUGUGAAAUAAAUUGAUUUUGAUCUUCGACAUCCCCUUUUACGCUAUGAUAUAUAAAAGAAAACUCCAUCUUGAGGUUUGUGCGCCAUCAAAUUUUUUUUCAAUAUCCUGCUGUUAUGUUGUGUUCUCAAAUUUCAAGUUCGCAAUCAAAUCCUACUCCAUCACAAUAAAUUUCGAAAAAGAAAUCUCUCAGUUACCUUAGGCCAUCAAUCUGCGUUCUUGAUGGUGGGGAGCAUGUUCCUCUGGUUAAAUUGAAUCAGAGCGGUCAGGCUUUGGGGUAAAAGUGCGGGCUUCAUGAAUGAAACAAGUUUCGAAGUUGCCGGGAACAUAUUUCAACAGAUCAAAGCUGUUUUCCUAUAGUGUCAUAGAAUAGGAUUCGGCGUCCCAACUGUUUCCAAUUAAAGCAAACUAAUGCAUGCUCGAAUUAGCAUGUGCGUCCUGAAGUCUGGUUGGGAUGAUCAUUAUAUUUGUUGCCGUAUUAAACCCAAGUUCAAGUCAGAUUUAUUUUUUUCCAAGACAAUGUUAGAAACAGGAAAUUAUGUGAAUAGAAAAUCUCCUAUCGUCAAUUAUAUUUAUUUAUGAUAUAGCUGACUAUGUUAGACAAUUUUCGCUCUUUUUAAGCUUAUAAUGGAUUCCUUCUCAGUGGUCCUCAUACUGUUAUUCUCACUCUUUCAUUUUUCAUUCCAGAGUUCCACUUGUUAAUGGAGGCUCACUCGUGAUUGAGCAAACUGAAGCUCUUGUUUCUAUUGAUGUCAAUGGGGGCCAUAGCAUGCUUGGCCAAGGAACUUCGCAGGAGAAAGCUGUCCUUGAUGUCAAUCUUGCAGCUGCAAAACAAGUAUGUUUUGAGUUACGCACACUUUGCUCCUAAUUACAAACAUGCAUCUGAGAUGAUGAUACAAUGAACUUGUGUUGAGUUUCUGCCUGAAGUGAAAAAAUUAAACUUUGAAUCAGUUCGGAAAACUUGCCUUUGCAUGAUUUCUUUUAAUCUAUGUGCAUGAUAUAUUAAUUGCAGAAGGAUGACUUGAGAUGGGGAGGGAGGGGAGAGAGAGAGAUAGAGAUUAGAGCGUUUAGACGGUUCUGGCGAAUGUGGCUUCCAUUAUUUGAUAACCAGACCCUGUCACAGAAGGGUCACUGCUUUCAGUUUAACGAAUAAAUAUAUCACCAAGAGAUGCAUAGAAUCCAGUGAUACUAUUUUUAUACUCGGAAGUUUUUAUGUUAUCAUACUAAACGCUUUCCAUUUCUGCAAGGAAAAAUGAGGGAAGUGCUGUGAGACAGUGCCAGGGAGAUGUAAAUGACUUGAUGAGAAUAAAAGUCUAGAAUCUGGCGAAGUACGGAUACCUGAGCAUUGGACAACUAGAAGUGACCAUGUCUAAUCCGAUGGAUGGACGUAGUGCAAUGCCAAACUCAGUUAGCUCUCUUGAGAUUGAAGGGGAAUUAACGUUCUCUUAGGACCGCUUAGUCACAUCAUGUUGUGCUCUGCAACCAUAUGAUAGAGAAGAAACUAAGUUAGAACCAUCUAUAUGAAAUUUAUCAUCCUUUCAUGGUAUUUUUUCCAUGUGUGGAAAAAAUAUAUAAUUACGGGUUAGGUUGUCGGUCAGUUUCGUAAUUUGGUUGAGUAUCCUAUAAAUCGUGGAAUUCAACCCAGAUAGUUUUCCUUUUUUGAGCCCAGGGUAAUUAGUAUGACCAGAAAUCGUUCCAUGAGUCAAUAUGACAGAAAGUUUUCCCCACUGUUUAUUCUUGUUUGGUUCGCAUCACUAUUGCAUACCUUAGAGUACAUAGAUACUAAUGCAUCAGUUCAAUUUUUUUAACAGAUCUCUUUAAUGAGCCUACAUAUUUUCUCUUACCAAACUUGUCUGUAAAUGUCUGGCUUUUGACUCUGUCAUCUGCUGAACUGGUUUACUGUAGCCGGUAUCUUAUCCAGAGUUGAGUGUUGCUUAUCAAAUCUUUUCCAGGUCAUUACCCUUAUGUAUUUUAUUUAGUUGUGGGCUGGGAACUCAGUUCCCAUAACUCAACCAUGAGAUUUCUAUUUCUGAAGCUCUGUUAUCGAGGAAGAGAGAGGAGUUGUUACUGCUUAGCUUCUGAUUUCUAAUAUGUUAUUUUCCUUACCAAAGUAUUAAGUAGGUAUCGCCUGCCUUGUUGUGGCUAUAUGGGUCUUCAGUUCUGUUCUUUCAAGAUGAUUCACUUUGAAAAUACUUUUCUUCAGUACUAUUAUUUAUCAAGUAUGAUUGGCAGCUCACAUAAAAUAGUUAAAAAACGAUAUUAAUAUUUCUACUUUCAGAUUGCACGGGAGCUACGACUGAGGGAUAUUGGCGGCAUUAUUGUGGUCGAUUUCAUUGAUAUGAUUGAUGAGUGUAAGUAAUUGACCCAUUUAAAUAUCCAUAGUGAUGGAGUGUCAUUUUAAUCUCUUAUAAAUGCGUUUCUUUGUUUUCCUGAAAUUCUGAAUCUCAGAUUUUCAGUUGGAUUUUUGUAUCAUAGAGACCGUUCACUCUAGAAAAAGAAAGAGCAUAAGGAUUAUGACAAACUCCGCAUGCUUUCUCUCAUGUCUCAUAUUGUGCAUUCCUUAGGACCAUACAUGGAUUAUCAAUAAGUGCAUGGAUGUGUGAUUAGUUUCCAUUAUGCAGUUGUCACCAUUCUAUUGUCCUAAGUGAACACUGUAUGAUGGUGUUUAAUCUAACAUUUUCUGGCAUGUUUCCUAGCAAUAUCUGUUGUACAACGCACCAACCACAAGCACCUGUGAUAAACUCAGAACUGCCAUGAGGUGAAAAUUAGAUUUUUCUCUACAAUAAUUUAUAAGGACAUCCUGCAAGACAUCCCAACUAGAUCAGAUUUUCUUAUUAAAAAUACUCAUAAAGUUCUUGAAGUCUGUUAGGUAUGGCUUAGAUCUUAGUUUGUACUGAUCUCAGUGAAGUGGAAUCCAAGUAUUGUAUAGUCGGAAUAAAUACAUACUAGGCUCGUCUGUCCCAGCCACCAUAUGGGACGACCUUGACACGUAUGAAGUAAUAUAAAGUUGGAAUUUUGGUCAAAAUCAUGCGAAUCAUAAUGGGUUGGUGGGUGAGCUUUUUAAUUUUAUCAUUGAGUAUGACUGAGCUUCCAUGCUUUCUUUAAUUGGAACAUCAUUCACUUUAUCCUCAUCAAAUAUGAACGAUAAAUGGCCUUUAUUUCUAUUUACUUUCCAUUAAAAAAGCCUAGUGGCUGCUCCAAAGUAUCUUUACUUGUGUCUAUCAAUCUUACAUUGUACACGUUCAAGGAGACCUAAUCGGAUGAUUAUCUACCUUGAGUUUCUAUAUUUCUUCAUUUGCAUUCGACUGAUAGAGGUUUCAGCUCUCACUUGUACUAGAACUGAUCUACUAUGAUGAUUAGUUCCUCAGGCACGGCAUUUUUUUGGUCACUAUCACAUUUCAUGUUAUGCCCUACUACACUGGAUAUUGUGCCACGGAUGUUUUCUCAAGCAAUCUUUUUUCUUAAAACGUCGGGUCAAUUUGGCGUCAUCAUAAUGAGUAAAUAUUUCGUGAAUCACUAUUUCACAUUGGUUUGAUUAUUGUCGUUGAUCUGAUCCUCUUAAAACAGUUAUAUUGCUAUGGGAUAAACUAGUUGCCCUUCUUCUAAUGCUUUUAAAGCCAUUGUUAGUCACUGCUCCUCAAACAUCAUUCGCCCACUUUAGUUGAAUUCAACCGCCUAUUUUUCUUGAUUUUAAGAGAAUUUCCAACUUUGUGAUGCCGUGUUCCAUCCAAGCUUUCUAAGAUAUCUUUUCACCCCUUCUUCUCUCUUCUAUGCUUCUAGUUCCAUUUUUUUAAAACAAUUUUUGAUGACAGAUCUAGCAUAAAAUAUAUCAUGUUAUUUGUAGCUUUAUAAUAACUAAAUAUUGACUCCUUUUUAACUGCAAAUAAUUUUCUUGUACAGCAAAUAAAAGGCUAGUUUACGAAGAAAUGAAGAAGGCUGUGGAGAGAGAUCGAUCAAUAGUCAAAGUGUCUGAGUUAUCAAGACAUGGGUUGAUGGAGAUAACCAGAAAGAGGGUAAAGCACUGGGAUAUAAAUGCCAUAUAACUUACUGAGACUUACACGUUAUUUUUUUUGGCUGAGGAUACAUCAGUCUUUAAUUUUUUCAUAUGAGCUGCCUGAGACUUGUGAGAGGAUCUUUGCCGCUCAAUAUAGCCAGGCCUAACACUCAUGGAAGAGUCCUAUACGUGGGCAAUUUAGAUAUAUUCUUUUAAGUGAAUGUAGCAUCGAUCUCUUUGUCAAGAUUUAGUUAAUAAUUCUGAAAUUUCAUGUGGUACUUGGAUUGAUAUGAUAGGCAUGAAAAUUAAUGAAUAUGAUAUGUUUUAUGAUGAAUAUCUUAAUAAUAGUCUGGAUAAUGACAAUUAUCAUUCAAAUCCAUGUCAAAAAUAAACUUGAAAUAUUUUAAACCUCUCUGAGCUGUAUUCUAUCCGGCGAAGUUGAAGCACCGGAGAUUCUCACUUUGUGCAUUUAAAUUACAUGAUUUAUUUGAAGGGGCUUUUGAAUGUCUUUUAUAGCCUUGAUCAAGAGUGGGGUCAAUGCAGUUUUUAUACAUGUAAACAAUUAACCCCAGCUAAGAAUGCUCUCAUAUGACACAGGUUCGCCCAAGUGUUGCAUUUAUGAUAAGCGAGCCAUGCCCUUGCUGUCAUGCUACUGGUCGAGUGGAAGCUCUAGAGACAUCAUUUUCAAAAAUUGAACAUGAAAUUUGUCGCAGGCUUGUGAGUAACAUUUUUUUUUCGAAAUUUCUUUUAUCUUUUGGUUCUGAAUUAAAUUUCAGUAUAAAAAUGGCUGGCUGUAUUUUUGGUUAUCUCGAUUGCAUAGACUUCAGAGGCAACGGAAUCUUCAAAACCACUUGAAACUUUUGUUGAAAAAGAAAAUUUCUGAUCCAAUCAAGGUUUUAUGUUUAAAGGAUGGCUUUGUGUUCGUGUUAUUCUAAGACAUGGGAUCAUGUUCUGGGAUAUUGCUUGAAUCUUGAAGUACUUUAAUUAUAUGAUUGAGUUAUAAAGUUAAUUAGAUAAGUUUUAUCCCAAGAUAUUCAUCCUACGGUGCCUUCUGAUAAUCCUAAUAUUUAGGUUUGUAAAUGCUACUACCCAUCAUAACUGAGGUAAUAUGUCCGAAUAUCAUUCAUCUUGCUUUUUCUGGAAUUCCAUCAUGAUUUAUGUUAGGCAUUGAAGUUCUUCGCUUGAAAAAUACCAUUAUUAAUGAUUAACAUUAUCGCACAGUUCAGCCAUCUAAUCUGGGUAUAUAAUAUGCGCCAGGCUUUAUCUAACCAGAAGGCAGACCCUGAGAAUGCAAAAUCUUGGCCAAGGUUUGUGUUGAGGGUUGACCGAUAUAUGUUCAAUUACCUGACAUCAGGGAAGCGCACAAAGUUGGCAGUCUUGAGCAGCUCUCUCAAAGUUUGGAUUCUCCUAAAGGUACAUAUAAUCAGCAUUCAUAAAAACAUCUUUCUAUGUCCAUGCUGUGCAUUUUCUGCCCACACACGGCCCAACUUGGGGUGGGCCCUUCGCUGCAGAACGCAUGGUUGACCAGCCAAAACCACAAGGAGCACAAAAAGAUUCUAUCUGCUUUCAUGUAUGGUCUCGGAUUUAAAGUAGUUCCAAGGGUGUAUAAAAAUGGCAAAUAAGUGGCAGAUAUUAGAGGAGAAGAAAAAGGAAACACGGCCAUUUUGGCUGAUAUAACCAUUUUGGUCAUUUUGGGACAAAAUCUUGCAAGGUCAGCAUCAAUGGCGAGAAGUAUUUAAAUAUUUUUCAGUCUCUGGGUCUGAAGUAAACAUCUGCACAGCACUGAGCUAGUCUCAAAACCAAUACCCACUGGUCAAUGGAGUUCCUUUGCUUGAAGAAAGCAUGAGAAUCGUGUUAUGGGUCACUUAGGAAAAGCAAUUGAGAUAUAUGUAUAUAUAUAUAUAUAUAUGACGAAGAACGCAGGAAAGGUUUGCAUAAUAUUUCAUGAAAUGGAAAGUGAUAUAUAUAUAUAUAUUAAUCAAAGAUCUCACCCCAUGAUUUGGUUGAGUUGCCAAACAGGUCGCCAGAGGCUUCACCAGGGGCACAUUCGAGGUGAGGCCAUUCACAGACGACAUGGCGGCCGAAGAGCAGCAAGUCAACAUCUCGAGGCUGCGAGCCGCAGAAGGCAGAUCGUACAUUCCAAGCACCAAGCUCACGCUUUUUCCGGUGAAGAAAUGGAAGGCCCGCGGAAAAUGA